AUGGCGCGCGCUGCAGUAAUCCCACAGUCCCCUACAAAACGGGCGGCACGAACUUCGACCAAGUCGACAGCCGCUGCCGAUGCGAAGAAAAAGGCACCUCGAAGAGCAACACCAGCCCCACGGACUGCGCCAUCAGCUCUCGAUGCUGAGUCCGAUGAUGAGCUGGGAUGUAUCACGAGUAAACCUGUGAAACCCAGCGGACGUCCUCCUGCUCGCCCAGCUAUCAAGCCAAGAGUGACUUCAACUACAACUGCCCGAGGAAAGAAGGCUUCUUCUGUGUCUCUCGCCGACAAGUCAAAACCCCAAAUCAAUCCCGGCGAGAAUGAGCUAGGAAAACAAAUUGAGGCGCCAAAGAAGCGUGUCGGAAGACCGAGAAAAACUCCGUUGCCCACAGAUGCUGCUGCCACCAAGUCCGAGGAAACGCCUAAAACUAGAGGACGACCAAGAGCGGGAACAACAGCGAAGGCCCCAACGGCGGCAACGAGCAGGCGGACGCGAGCGGUAGUUGAUACAUCCAAUGAGAUGAAACCGAACCUUAUCAGGAUUGCGACCAACUCCACAGCCAUGCGAUCAAAUCUUCUGCGUGGGCCCGCUAAGAAGAAAACGGUGAAAUUCCAGGAUGUCUCGGGUUCCGAAGCCGAAGAAUCUGUGACCGAGGUUCCUGCUGUCGGCCGUCGACGUGUAGCGACCCAGGGAGCGGGCGUUGGCAAGACCGGCCUUGGAGCAUCCGCAGUUCGCAAGCCUGCGACAACCGGUACCCGUGGAAGGAAGCCAGUUGCAGCGAAGGAGGCGACUAAACCAUUAUCUCCCAAGAAGGCUAAGCAGGUGGCCAAGUCUUUAUCAGCAUACGCAAGCUCCGAUGGAGAAGAGGAUGAACUGAAUGCCAUUAAGGACGACGCCAAUGAUCUAGUCACACUUAUUGUUCACUCCCCUGUCAAGCAUGGCUUGGAGAAUACUGGGCUGAGCUCUCCUGUACGGAGGAUCAACUUUACCCCCAAGAAGGCGUCCAGCUUCAUGGACGAGAAUGGCGAACCGAAACUACCAACCCCAAAACACGGAUCAGACGGCAUCGGACUUAGCUCCCCAGUCAGGAAAAUCAACUUUGCGCCGAACCGCAGCCAGAACACAGUCGCAGAUAAUGGUCACCUCGCUCUCCCGCCUGGAAAUCCAAUUGAGUUCAGUGAUUCUAUGUUCAUGUCUAGUCCUGCGAGACGACCAGCGCCAUCAUCUCCCUUCCAAUUCUCCUUGCGAGAGACCCCGAAUCGUGGGGGUUCUCUCUUCCGGGACAGUGUGAAUCCGAUUUCCGCACCUAAUUUCACACCCGGACACACUUCUCCACUGAAGAUGUCACCUAAGAAAGCUUAUUUAGGUGCAUCUUUCUCGCAAUCGCCAUUCAAGGCUUCUACAUCAGUAGCCCCUGCUCGAACCCCAUUGUUUCAAAGCCCCGCAAAGAGAAUACCGUCUCCAUUCAAAAACUCAAUAUUCUCUGCCCACGCAUCUGUGGGCUCUUCUAACCCCGUGGACAAUGAUGGAACACCUUCCAAGGCAGUUGAACUUGCACAGUCUAACACCCCCAAAUCCUCGCCAGCGGAGAGCCAGCUCGAUGAAUCCACUUUUGACAAGGACUCUGAAAUGAUCGAGGAUGUGGCUCGAGACAGCUUUGGCAUUGAGCUAUCUUCCGAUGGAAAUGCAUCGUCGAUUUCUCCUAUUCAGAAAGAUAUUGCAGACUCGGAAGUAGCCCGAGACUCAUUCAAUAAUGGAAAUACUGAAUCUCUCUCCGUGGAUGUGGAGGUCGAGGUUGACUCAGACCUGGAAGAAAAUGAAAGUGAAUAUCUUCACGAUAAGGCUCAGCCCGAGUACGAAGAGCCUGAAACGAUUUGCUUCGACAUCAUGGAAGAGGCCAAUAUGGCAACGGAGGAACUUUAUGAUGAAGAGCCCGAGGAAGACUCAGACCGCGGCGCUAGCGAACAAAUUGAAGAUCAGGCUCAAUUUGAUCGCGAAGAAGCUGAUACAAUUUGCUUUGACGCCAUGGAAGACGCUCAGUUGCCAGAGCAUGAUCUUCAUGGCGAAAAAGUCCAGGAAGCCUCGGACAUGGAAGAUGAUGAAGAUCUCCACGACGAGAGUGAAUUUGAGUACGAGGAGCUUGAUACAAUUUGCUUUGAUGCCAUGGAAGACGCCCAAUUGGCAGAGCAUGAUCUUCAAUACCAACAAGUCCAGGAAGUCUCGGACAUGGAAGAUGACGAAGAUCUCCACGACGAAAAUGAAUCUGAUUACGAGGAGCUUGGAACAAUUUGCUUUGAUGCCAUGGAAGACGCACACCUCGCGCAAAAUGACUUGUAUGACGAAGAGGGUCAAGUGGCAGACUCAGUCAUGGAGGACACUAAUUAUCCCGAAGAAGAGCUAGCGGUACUGAACAGCGAGCCCGAGGAAGAAGAGCCCCAGUAUCUUGAUAUUGGAGUUCAGUCCCAAGAAUCAACCCCGGAACCCAUGCAAACUACGGAGACACAAGAACUAGAUGUGGAAGAGCAGUCGAAUGACCUUUCUUUGUCCCCCCGGUCCCCACUGACCUUGACCUAUGGCAAUGAAGUUCAGCCAACGGUUGACACGGAAUAUCCCUUGGAGAGUGAAUGUGAGUGGCAAGAAGAGGCCGUCCAUCAUCCUGACGAAGAGGAGCGAGUCAUGCGCGAGGAGAGCGAGGUGGAAGACGCUGAGUCUAUCCUGGCCGGAUCUGAGCUUGCUACAAUUUCGUCAAAGCCUGCUUUGCCUCAUGAGAGUAGCCAUCUUGAGGAUAUUACAACAUCGCCCCAAAGGAUUCAAGUAAUUCCUUCACCGCAACCGAGUUCCGCAGGCGGUGAAUCUACUCCUUUGUCCUUGAAUCGCCCAGACAACUCAGAGAAUGAUCAUGACUCCACCCUUGAUGCCAAGAAUGCCAAUAAUGUCAUCAUUGACGCGCCCCUGCAUGAAGAAAAUAGCUGGACGCCAAGCAGCCAGGUUGACAGCCCUGCGUUAAUGGCACCUAGUCUCUUCAACACACCAAGCGUUGCCGAGCAGCACCAAUCCCCUGCCGAUGUCAGCUUAGGUUUUACGCCAUUGGCACAAAAGUUUGGCCGUUGGGAACAAAAUACCCCUUCCCAGGCUAGAUCACUCCGACCGCGCCGUCGUGGAGUCUUCUCGCUCGUAGGCCCGUUGGACCGCUCCAACACGCAAACUCCGUCAAAUUCUGAUAGAGUGUCGUAUCCUAAUUUGCCAAAGAGCCCCUUGGAAGAAACUCCCCCUUUGCUUGCCGGAUUGCCACUUCAGCCUCAAAGCAAUGAUACUUGCAUGAGCCCUGAGUAUGCACAGACUCCACAGCCAUCUUCCAUCUAUGAAGACCAUCAGAUAACUCACUCGCCAUAUAAAAGCACGGAUAUCUUCGAGGAUCUUGACUUGGAACUUGAGCAUACUCCUGCCGCUGAAAUUCCGCAAGAUCAGGGCCAAGAGUUUGAUCUACUUGAUGACAAGGAGAACUACGGUCCUCCAAUUUUACCGUCAACCCCAAUGAAAGCUCAAGUUCAACCCGAUGAGUUGCGCACCAUUCAUACAGUGUCAAAAGUGCCUUUGAAAGCCGAAGGCGACGUAUCACCUCUCAAGUUGUCCCGCAAGAGAGGUCUGUCCAUCUCGACCGCAUCCCCCACUCGGUCUUCUCCGCGUGUUCGUAAGCCAACCUUUUUGGCACUCAAUGACAGUGUGCCGAUUCUGUCUCCCUCCCGGAAAUCCUCACGGGUGAGCAGAAGUCCGACACCAAAACGCCGCUCUAUUACGGCUAGGCGCAGCAGUGUAAAAGCACCAGUUAUGGCUGCGCCCGGUACUUCUAUCGCAACUGGAAGCCCUGCCAAAAAGCCGCGUCAUAGCAUCAGUACUGAACAGAAGGCUCUCCAUGGGGCAGUCGUGCAUGUGGAUGUUCAUACCACCGAGGGUGAGGAUGCCUCUGGUAUCUUCGUAGAACUCUUGCAGCAAAUGGGAGCUCGGUGUGUGAAGUCCUGGUCCUGGAAUCCUCACACCAGCCUCUCGCCGGUUGAUGACGUAGAGCCCAAGGAUUUGAGAGUUGGCAUCACCCAUGUUGUAUACAAGGAUGGUGGUCUGCGGACUAUGGAGAAAGUCAAGAAGGCCGCGGGUCUUGUCAAGUGUGUUGGAGUCGGCUGGGUUCUUGAUUGUGAACGGGAAAACCAAUGGCUUGAUGAAACCCCAUACGCAGUUGACAGCUCUAUCAUCCCGCGCGGAGGCGCCAAGCGCCGCAAGAGUAUGGAGCCUCGUGCACUCAGCAAUGUGAAUGGAACACUCGUGCGCAUUUCCGAAUCUCCCGCGCCAUCUCCCGGCGGACGCCGCAGUGGUGUCAAUCCGGGUGCUGUCGAGGGUUUCCGCAAGAUCACACCUCCAACUCACCGACAGGAGAUGCCGUCCACACCCCCACAACAAUCUUCCGCUAAUAGCUAUCAAUUCCCUGCUACUCCGGGAUACAACUUUGCCAAUCUUGAUGCCAUUGGCAUGUCCCCCGCUACACCAGGAUUCCUUGGAAAUCGCUCCAAGCUUGUCCAGCAAUCUUGCCCUCCAAAGCAGAGCAACCGAGGUCUCUUCCCGACUGCUAAACCUGCUAGUAUUCUGCUGGAUGAUGGGCAAGACGAGGAAUCUAGGAGACAGCGCCGCUUCCGUAUGGAGGCUGCUAGGCGCAAGAGUCUUGUUUACAAGCCUGCUAUCGGUAGCCGUCUUGGUCCUUGA